GGUGGCGGGAGGAGGGGUGGGAGGGUGCUGGCAGGAUUGAGGAGUGAGUGGGGCAGGGUAAAAAGGGGAGGAAAGAAUUUGGGAGUGCGAGGAUAGCUUAAAGAAAGGGGACAUGGUGAAGAUGGAAGAAGAUUAUGAUAGCGAAGAGGGGUGUUUGCGAUCCUGCUCAAGGACGGUGCCCGCGUCGUCUUCUCCUGGUGGAUGCGGUUUUGAAUCUGGCUUUGGAAUGCGUUUUUCCUCGAGGAUUACGGAUCAUCAAGAAGCGUCUAGAUCGGAUCGAAAUGGUGGAGAUGUUGUUGCCACUUCAUCUGUCGAAGAUAGGCCAGGUCGAGGUUUCACAGCACUAUCUCCAGGAGGUGAAGGAGGAGGAGUUGGGGGGGGAAGCAAUUCACCCUUAAGUGGUCUGAAGCCUUCGUUUGCAGCAGCCGCAGUAGGAGCAGCAGGAGCAGCAGGAGCAGCAGGAGCAGCAGGAGCAGCAGGAGCAGCAGGAGGGGGAGGGAAUUCUCCAUUUGGUGGCUUGAAGCCUUCGUUUGGAACAGCUGCAGGAGGAGCAGGACCAGCAGCAGUAGCAGCAGUAGGGGUAGGAGUAAGAGGAGAGGGAGGGGGGGGUAAUUCUCCAUUGAGUGGUCUGAAGUCUUCAUUUGGAGCCGCUGCAGCAUUAGGAGGAGGAGGAGGAGGAGGAGGAGGAGGAGGAGGAGCGAAUUCAGCAUUCGGUGGACUGAAGCCUUCGUUUGCCACCCCACUAUUUUCUUCUUUCGGUACCUCCACGGCCAUCGAGGAGGAGAGAGGUUCCCGAUUGCCAGACGUGUGGAGCAGACGGUUUGUCAAUUUCCAGUCUUUGGCGGAUGGACUUCAGGCCUUACAGAGUCCGAUCUUGCUGGAACCAUUUUUCAGGAGGUGGGCCGAGGUGACAACAGCCAUUGAGGUUUCGUGCAGUGGUUUGGACACUGUGCUUGCCAAGGAGGUUAUCCGCAGUCGAAAAAUUACCGUGCUUCUUUAUGGGGAAACAGGGGCGGGGAAAACUACUCUGCUUCGUGCGAUAUCUGGAGAGGAUACCCUAAAAGUCAGCGCAACAGGGCCCGGAACGACACGGGAAGUGGUCGUACGUCUACCUUGUGGGAUUCGAAUGGUAGACACUCCUGGUUUUCGAGUGCCGCUUGUGCUUGGCAAACCUCGUCCCACAAAUACUCAAGGAAACGACUAUGUCGGGUUGUCCCUACAAUGGGUGCGCGAGUUUAUAUCAUGGAAGACAAUGCUUCGAGAACUGGCAUCUCGGCUUGGCUCGCAAGAUCCUGAGCACCGGCCAUUUGCACUUAUCUACUGCCACCGAACUGGACACCGGAUUAUCAGAGAGCGCAUCAUAGAAAUUUUGCGACUGCCACAUCAACGGCUGGUGCCAGUAUUUGUCGCUCUUACCGAUGUUUGUAACGCCGAUGACAGAGAUAUUUCCUCGAUCAGGAAAGAGUGGCAAUCUAUCCUUGAGGAGGUUGGCCCGAACGCCAAGGGGGCCAAAAUACAGAUCGUCGAAGUGAAUUCUCAUCCGAAGACCGUCCAGGGCCAUACCCAUUGGCGAUCCGGCAUCUGUAGCCUUAUCUCUGCUCUUUUGAAUGCUUUGGACCCUCUAGAUGCCAUAACGUUCAUUCGCAAUCGAGGGUUUUUUUCAAACCCUUCUUCUAGCUCGAGAAAGCGGCCUCGGCGAGCAUUGCCAGAGCGUGAGCUAGAAGACGAGGAUGGAUGCGAAGAGGAUGCUGCCAGUGGGUUGAUUAGGGGGCAAGCAUAUUCUGCCAACUUUUCCCUUCUCGGAAGUGUACACCAUACCCUGGAGCAUGGAAGCUUUGCUUCACUUGGCAAAAUCUAUUUAGGCGACAACGAGGACGAACAGCUGGACGAACAUGUGGGAUGUUCUGUCACAGCUUCUGAUUGUGCAGUUGCUGCUGAUGUCGAUUCGGCAAGUACCAAGCUGAGGGUGAAUGAGGUGUAUGGCGGGUGGCUCCUCCCCAAGGUACCGAAUCUGCUUACUUCAAGAUGGUUGAUCAAGUGUAUGAUGAUGACUGCACCCACUAGUGAGCAGAUCAUCACAGCUCUGACAGGCAGAGCUUGCCAUGCUGCUUCUUUCAGUCAUCAAAAUAUGCCAGAGCUGCUCGUCCACCUCCAAAGCAAGCUUGAUGAGCUCCAACGCUUGAAGAAACGCUUGAAGCACUCGUUCUACAACAAGGUACACCUAGCUUGAGUGCCAUGCAUCUUUCUUCAGUGAUGAAGACGCCGCAGCUCGACUCCAACACCUGGAAGGGUCGGUCCAGAAAUGGUUCUCCAUUCGUUCUACGACAAGGUAUGCCGAGCGUGAUUGCCAUGCUUCUUCUUUCAGCGAUGAAGACGCUGGAGCUGCGCAUCCACCUCCAACGCAAGCUUGAUGAGCUCCAACGCUUGACCGUCCAGAAGUGGUGCUGCGCUCAUUCCACAACGAGGUACGCCUAGCUUGAUCGUUAAUUCAAUUCGCCAAGGUGUACAGGUAGAACUGUUUGCAAAUUGCGUAUUGCUAUACCUAUAUGGUAUCUCAAGUUAACUCCACUGCAACCCUGCAACCCUUCCAGCUCUUUCCUCUUCCGGUGCUUGCUUGUCUGGCUUUGGCACAGUGCAACCCAUGGAGUCUGGAACGUGUAGGUGGUACAGGGAGGAUGAUGAGCUCCGUGGAACAGGAUCAGGAUAUUGGAUUAGUCUUCAGGAAUGGGUAGUGCUUGGGGCUGAAGACUUGUGCAUCAUGUCGAACACUCGAUGAAAGCGGCGACGGGGUGGUGGUAAUCGCUUUGAGGUUUGCCUUCUCCUGGGUUGUUCUGAGGCCAUACUCACACUUGGAAUCUAGCCAUAAUGGUGGUCCUAGGGUGAGUACGCCCUGGCCUGCUCAGCUUCGUCGUCCGCUAGCCUGUUCAGUGCAAGGGUGGUCAGCUCUGAAGGAAUUUGACCUAGCAAGGGCGGCAGGCCUCAGUAGAUGAUGUUGAGAGGACAUGUCAACUUCGAAGGACUUGUAAAGGGAACACACGAAAGGAAGGACUUUCGACUUGCGCCAAGGGGACGAAUUUACACCUGCAGGCGCUCGCUUGGGGUGCGCGGCAAAUGAUGAACGAAUGCAAGCGUCAGGUAAAGUAUUCUAAUAACUGUGGUGGAUUGCAUCGGAUGUGUGGCAACGCAAUUCCUGUUCAAUCGUGAACGAAGCAUGGUGUGCCUACAUUUGUUCUAUACUAUCUAUAGUCUUGUGAAUGGCUCCUGCCGGAGCAGCGAAUCCGCUAGAGAGCCUGGCUCCUGCUGGGCCAGCAAAAGAGUCAAGCUCCAGUCUCUCUUCUGCCAAUCUCUCUUCUGCCAAUAAUUGCCACUUUUGACCAACUCCUUGCUGUGCCAGGAAGGUGAUGCAAGUUCGCACAUCGCUCAUCUCAGGUUGCAGAAUUUGAUCCAGAUUCACUCUAGAAUCCCAUUCGAAUUCGCUCUAGAAUUCCAUCCAGAUACGCUCUAGAAUUCCUUGCUACAUUCUGACACGUCGGUGUGGGCUGUAGUUUUCUCUUGUGACUGAUCCCUGUAUCAUCCAGUGCAAGUGGGUCUGCCCUGAACCUAUCCGGUUGGGCCCGAUAGGUCCAUGUUAGGUCCACGUUUGACCCAUUUUCUCCGUGUACCAUGUCGGUUGGAUGUUGUUGUCGUGAUGACCUUAUUAUAUAGCAUUAUUAAACCGCCACUACCUUUCAGAGGCGAAGGCUAAGUCGUAAAUAUAACCUAUACCGCAUUCUUCCAGGGGCCGGGCGCCAGGGGACCAUAAUGGCUGGCGGCGCCAGCCAGAACAAAAGAAACACCAUCCC